AUGAAUCCAGCAUUAUACCAAGCUGAAAAACAACAACUAAAACUGAAAAACAACAGUGUCCCACGUUUUACCCUCAAAGGAAAACAAAAAUACGCUAAAGUAGUUUCAGUUUACGACGGGGAUACAUGUGAUCUGGUGUUUUAUGAAGACGAGCAUCACAUACAAACGGAUAAACCCGUGCGAUACAAAUGUCGUAUGUUGGGUUACGAUGCACCAGAGUUAGAAGAGAAACCGAGUGGUGAACUAGCCCGAGGUUAUUUGACUUAUCUAUGCACAGGAGGGAAUGCUAACACAUAUAAUGCCGAAGACGAGAACUUACGGACUGAAAGGCGUGUGCAACGAAAGUUAGACAACAACAAGGAUAGCUUAGUCUAUGCUGUAUUUGGGGGACCAGGGAAGUAUGGUCGGCAGUUAGUAACACUUUAUCAGACCUCUCACGACCCUCCAACCAAUCCAACAAUCAAUACUAUGAUGGCGCAAUAUAUAAAUACGCUACCCUAA